AUGUCGAGCUACGAGAAGAAGUUUGAGUACAGAGGUCCGGCGGACGAGAUCAUCGAGCCGGCAGGACUGUCCACUGCUCGGUCGCGAGAUCUCGUCGAUGGUGCCCCCGCUGGUUACCAUGAUCGAGACGUCUUUGGUAACGAGGAAGGUGCUGAUAUCAAAUACAAAACAUUAUCAUGGCCUCUCGUCGCCGUUCUCAUGAUUGCUGAGAUAGUCAGUAAUGGCAUGCUCUCCUUGCCAGCAGCGACAGCGGUGGUUGGCAUCGUGCCGGGUGUCGUCCUGAUCAUCUUUCUUGGGGUCUUUGCGCUCUACACCUCUCUGGUGCUGAUAGACUUCAAAAUCAACCACCCCGAGGUUCACAAUAUGGGUGAUGCCGGGAGGAUCCUUGGUGGGCCGUUGCUGCGCGAAAUCCUCUCCGCUGGUACCGUCAUCUUCGCCGUCUGCGCAACUGGGUCACAGCUACUUGCUGGACAGAUUGCCUUGGGGGUAUUAUCGGACAACAAGCUCUGUCUGAUGUGGUAUACUGGAAUCUUUGCAAUUCCCACCCUUAUACUCUCGUUUCCUCGAACACUGGACCAGCUCUCCUGGCUCUGUAUUCCCUCAUGCAUCUGCAUUUUGGUUGCCGGUGUCGUAGGCAUGGGCGCGGCUGGGGGGAAUCCCGCUCCCGAUCGACACGUCGAUGUCGCUCGUUCCGCCAGCUUCUACAAUGCCUUUGUGUCUAUCACGAAUCCUGUGUUCGCGUACGCCGGGCAUUUUAUGUUUUUCAUCCUGAUCUCGGAGAUGAAGCGGCCGGCCGAUGCCAAAAAGGCAGCGUGGGUGUUGCAGGUUUUUGCCACUGCGUUCUACACCGUCUUCACCAUCGUCAUGUAUGUGUAUUUAGGGCCGUCAGUCCAGUCGCCGGCCUUUUCAUCCCUCCCCACGAAAUGGGCCAAAGCCACGUACGGUAUCGCUCUCCCCAACUUCCUGAUCGCAGGGUCUUUGUACUCUCACACCGCUGCCAAAUUGUUCUUCAUUCGCUUCUUCCGCAAAUCUCGACAUCAUCUGCACAAGCACACCAUCCUGGGCUGGACCACGUGGACCACGCUCAUCAUCCUUGCCAACGGCGCUGCGUUUGUGUUGGCAGUGGGAGUCCCUAUCUUUGCGUACCUCGUGAGUAUCGCGGCGAGUCUGUUCGCGAGCUGGUACACCUAUGGGAUUGCCGGUGCAUUCUGGUUGUACGAUGCCUAUCACGGGCUUGAUAAGGGGAGAGUCAAGGGCGUUUAUGGGAUGAGGGCCUGGACCGGGAGUCCAAUCAAAGCAACCAUCAACGCGGCGACGUUUGCCGCAGGCGCCUUCAUCUGCGUUGCCGGUACGUAUUUCCAUGCUGUUCUCGUUGAGCAGAACUCCGGAGAACGAGACGGCUAA